AUUGCGAACAACUUAAAGCAUUGGGAGAUGGAAGACUGAAAGACCUAAGAUGGUUGUUGGUGUUUGUUCUUGGAAAAGCAGGACCAGGAACACGUGACGAUGAAUUAAAUGAAGCUGAAGCCAGACGGUACAAUGAUAUGUUGAUAGGCAAUAUCACUGACAACUACAUUAAUAACAUUAUCAAAUUCUACAUGGGUCAUCUUUGGGCGAACAAAUUUGAUGUAAAAUAUACCAUGAAAACAGACGAUGAUGUUUAUGUGCGUAUACUUCGCGUGUUGGAGUAUCUUGUGAAUGCUAAACUUCCAAGACCCUUCUACGGAGGUUCUUCUCUGGCACCCAGUCCUGUAAGUCGUAGAGUUGGUGUAAAAUGGGCAAUUAGUUACAAGUACUAUCGAGAAGCACGAUUCCCAACGUUUAAUCUUGGGGCAUUUUCUAUCUUAUCCACUGAUCUUAUAAACAAAUUAUCUGACUAUGUCUAUAUACGAAAACCAUUCCACACAGAUGAUGCGUACGUUGGUGUUGCCAUGCGAGAUUUGGGAGUAAAGCCAACUAACAUUUCUUCGUUUCAUGUAAUAAAUUUAAAUAGAAUGCGAAGGUAUAUAGGAUCUUUCAAAGACUGUGAGAUCUUCAGUUGGAAUGCUUUCGGGCAUUCUUUGGAUCCACGAUCAAUUAAAGCACUUCAUCUUCGCGUGCAGACUCUUGUGUGUAAGAAUACCACUUUGGAUAUUGAGGAUCAUCGUUGCAGAAAAUCUGCAGUUAAAACAACGACAUAAACAAGAAGUCGGUUUCGAUAAUUUUCUUGUUCCUCGAGAAACGAGACGGGUUUGCAUUGAAUUAUGAUAUUGAAAUAGGAAUGAAUACAAAUUAACUUGUUGCAUUUGACUUUC